AUGGCCCAGGAAGAAAGAAGCAAAGGACGGAAUAGAGAGGUGAACGGCAACACGGCAGCCAGGGCAGAAGACUAUCUGGAAUCGCUUCUCAUCGAUGCUUUUAAAGGGAAGGGGUUUGAGAAAAUAAGUGAACUGCUUGAAGAGAGAGAAAUAGAGCCUCCCCAGAAAUACAGCGAGUCUCUCUUCAACCAGCUAGACAAAGCACUGAGAAAGGAGCUGGACAAGAAUGAAUUCCAGAACGUUUCGCUGCUGCUGAAAUGUAUUCAACUCUACUUGAAAAGUGAUCUUCAAGAAGGGACGAAUUUGUUUAUUGAGCAAGGACUGGUAGCAAAGCUGGUAUCUUGGUUUGAAAGAGCAAGAGCUUUUGUGAUCCUCAUCGACCCAAACGAGAAUAAAUUUUUGAUGUUACUCCUUGAAGACUUCUUUGACUCUGCAUUGGUGAUUUGCAAGUGCAGUAAUGAAGGGAAGAAAGAGCUGGUGAAUUUAUUUUUACCUGAACUAGGGCAUCUAGUAACAGAAGCAAAUAUUUGCUGCGCUCUGCGGCAGGAGGCUUUAAGGACCCUCAACUCUAUACUUGACAGUGUCCCACGGGAGGAGAGAAAGAAAUUCCCUCUGUCUGAGGAGAUGUGCUCACUCACGAAAGACAUUGCAAAAACUAUACUGGAGGUUGGUGAUUAUGACCUUCAAGUUGCCCUUUCAGAAGCACUUUGUAGGUUAAUGACAAAAAAAUGGCGGGAUGACCUUGUUCACCACUGGUUUGAAGAUAACUAUCUUGCUGAAGCUUUCAAAGAGAUCAAGGAUAGAGAAUUUGAGACGGACUGCAGAAAAUUUCUUAACCUGCUAAAUGAAAGGCUUGGGGAUGAAAGAAGAGUCUAUUCAUUUCCUUGCAUAUCUGCUUUUGCUGACACGGAUGAGGUGAAGAAGCCAUCGGAUGAGAAGCUGGAGGAAUUCUGGAUCGACUUCAACACUGGUAGCCAAAGUGUGACUUUCUACGUGGACAGUAACGAGGGUGCUCUUUGGGACUCUGUGAGGCUGUCGAAAGAAGCAGUCAGCGGUUACAGCCUGAAGGAGGGUGACGGAGAAAAGACUGUUAAAAUUUACAUGAAGAUUCCUGCUACUCUUAACAAAACAGAAGCAACAAAAAUCAAAAUAUCUUUCAGUGCUAAGUUUGAAAUCUUAAGUAUACUUAGAAAAGUCCUGGGAGAUGAAAAAAUGAUAAAUGUGGCUGAAGAGAAGUCUGCCCAUGCUGGGAUGCAAGCCAGGCAGAAUGAAGCAGUGAUACCCGAGUCCGCUAAUCCACAGGGCAGGAAAGAUCCUUCAAACUCUGCGAACAUGGACCCUCUAUCAGACAACUUAGCCUCUCAGCACAGCCAAGAGUUAACAGGCACGAUAUCAAACAUGGUUAACUCUGGUGUCACCAUGAUUUCAGUGAGCCAGCAGACCAACACGGAAGAUGCUAACCAAGCCUCAGAAGCUCCAGAGGGUGAAGCUGUAGUUUCCUUGCCUCCUUCAGCAAGAAAGUCCAAAACUGCAUCUCCAAGGAUGAAAGCUAAGCAUAGUGAGAAGCCCCUAGAAGAAGAACCCAUGGAGGAGUCAACGCCAAAGGAGGAUGUUACCUGGGAAAAGAGAAACAGAAAAAAAAGUUUGGCCAAGCAGAGGACUGAAGGCAGGAAGGAAAUCUAUGACUUUGAGAACUCAGACUCUGCAAGUCAUGAAAAGGUCUCUGAAGCCAAAGGAAAGAUUCUUGGCCAGAAAGUUUCUUCACAAAAUCAGAGGAAUUAUGAAACAGAAGACAAGAACAAGGAAUCAAACAAGCUGGAGAGAAGGCCGUCCAAUUACAGGAAACAUCUUUUCUCUGAAAGCAACAAUGAAAAUACAAGCACUGGUCAGAGUGAAAAAAGCUGGAUCCUUGACCCUCAGAGAGACUCGUUACCAAAAUCUCUUGACUAUACCCGGAAAAGAUCCAGGGUGAGAAGUAAAUUAAAAGUGCUUCCAGUGUCUUCUGCAAGUAGUGGCAGUGACUACCAGACAAAGAAGCAGGGAGCAUCAAGGCGAAGAGCUCAAAAAGAGAUGUCAAGGAAAAAAAGUACAUCCAGCCCCAAGGGAGACAAUUUACCUACAGUGAAUCUUGCUGAUGAAAUGCACUCAGAAGAGCUCAAAGGGAGUCCGCUAUUACUUGACAUGUCUGCCGAGGGCUACUCCAGUGAUGAGGAGGCGGCCACACAGAAGUUUCCCGAUGCAUCUGCCAAAUUGUCAAAAGAAGAAGAAAGUGUUAAGCGGAAGGACUCAGAUAUAUUAAGUGGCACUGUCAUAAAAAAGCCUAAAUUUUCCGGUUGGGAAACAAGUCAUUUGUCCUCUGACACUUCCUAUAAAUCAAGGAAACAUUUUGAUUCAGUAGAGAAGGAAGCAGAGAUCCAAACAGGUCAGCAAAUGGAUGAUAGUGUGGAUGAUGCAUUUUUUUCCAAGAUGCUGAGUGAAGACUUCAGUGAUUCAGGGGUGAUUACUGCAUUUGAAAGCUUUAUCGGCCAGCUAAAGAAAUUGUUCUCGUCCCGCUACCAAAGGAUGGAGACCAGUGCACAGAAUGCCCUGAGGACUUCGGAGAAGAACGUGUCCACCCUCCUGAACCAGAUACACAAGUGCAGGCUGAGUAAGCUGGAGACCUUCCAGAAGAUUGUUGUUGAAGAGCUUGCCAGUCUUGAGAAGGAAACUCAAAUGUUGGCAAACAUGGAGAAGGAUGCAGUGGACUUCUGGAAUGCGCAGUUGCUCAAACUGAAUUCUUUCUGCAACCAGCAAAAGCAAAGAAUUCAAUCUGUUGACUCGGCCCUGGGUGAAACAGCAAAGAGUUUUGCUGACAGUAUCCAGAAUACAACGUAUGAACACCCAAUGAAGAAGGCAGUAGAAAACAACGUGUUCAUUAUUCCUUCUGACUAGCAAACCCCCGAAUUCAUUAGAGCUCUUUAACAUUUGAGCACCUUAAGCACUGUAGAGAAGAUGGUCCUGUGAAGGAUGUUAAUCUAUUUUAAAUGGAAAGGAAAAAAAAGGAGAGAAAAAUAACAUUGAUAUUGAGCCUUUUUCUGCUUAAAAAAAUAAACACUGCUGAGUGGUCCAGUUUUGACCCCUGUGUUGAUAACAUCAAGUUUUACUGCAAAAUUGCAAGAUGGGUCCAUUAAAUAUCAAAGAAAUAGAAAAUGAGCUAAACAUCAUGAUUUAGCCACCAAACUGAUGCAUAUACUGCCUUUCUUUGAGUAUUCUGCUAUACCUUUAUCAAAUGUAAAAGUGUUUAAUGAUUGAUUCUAAGUAAAAUAUUGUUCGCAUAGGAUAAUAAUCUCCUCAUUUCUUUUGAAUUGGUGCACUGUGCAUGCCUGUGGGAAGGGACUCUAGAGUCCUGUAUACCAUGUAUAGGGUGUGUUAGGGGUAGCCUUUCUCAUGUGCAUCCAGCACUGUGGGAACUGCUGGCUUGAAACUAGAGGCACUCAAUUCUGGAUUGCAGAGAUAAAAAGCACAGAGGGAUAUACUGGAUAUUGGCCAGGUACCUGAUGGCAAACUGGAGACUGUGGAGGGCAAGAAACUUGGAGCAUUGCAGAGAAAAAUGGCAAGUGAAGCUGGAGAAAUUAUUUUAAACCCAGUGACUAUUGGCUUCUAGAAGACUUUAAAGUACAGUGAACAGUGUUAGGAUUAGAUAAACCAGCAUCAAAGGUGUCUCGAAAAUGAGUAGCAGUUAAACCAUGCUAUUUAACAACAUCAUCUUCUUUGACAGAGUUUCCUAAAUCAUGGUUGGUCUUCACAAACUGUCUUUAAUGCUGUGGCAGACUUCAUAUAUGCUAGUGCAUCUUACUGAAUUUGUGGGAACAUGGCAUGUUUCCAAGCUCUGUCUUUCUAUGUAUCUUAUAAAACCGAUCUCAGACUGCUGUGUGGGUUGGAGUGGAGGGAGUCAUUCCCUGCACACAAUGUACCUUCAUGACAAAAGCCCACUUCUGCCAGGGUCUGUUUCACCACUGAAUGUCUUUUGGGGGGCUGAAACUGUUCCUUCUUGAGAAGAUCAUACAGGGUAAUGCGACAAUGAGAAGCUGUGGUUGCCAUUACAUAAUCACUUUCUGGAGGUUAUGCUUAUUCCUUUAGCUUAAGUAUUCCUGACUGGAGUUGGCAUGAGUCAGGACUCCAUCCAUGUCAAGGGAUGGUUGACUCUUUCCUUCUGGAGUGGUUUAAAAGAAAAGGCCUCUUAAUCCCUGCCCUAAAGCUCCAGGUCCACUCACCUGCUCUCUCCUGUUCACAACGUGAAGGGCUGAAGCUGUGAUUUCGCAUCCACUACCUUGCAUUUAUUUCUGAAGGCUGGCCCUGGUGACCUGACUACGCUGCAUCCUCCUGCUGCUCUUCAGUGUCUUUCCAGCUGCCAUCUGAAUCCAGUCUCUCAAAGCGCUCAGCUGAAGUGGCUGUGUCUUUUGGGAGGUGAAUCUGUAACUUCUGUGAACAGCUCUGCUUGUGCCUGGUAAAUCUGUUUAGAUUUGCAGCCCAUUAACAGAGUUUUUGGCAUGCUUUAUGUCCCACUGGUGUGGUGGUGGUAUGCUGUGGUUGCACCAGCAGUGUCAUUAGCCAAAACAGGCUUUAAGAUAUCAGCCUGAGUGAUCUGAGCAUCCCUUCCUAUUGCCUGGCUGUACUAGGUCCGAAAUAAAAACACAUUUGGGGCUUUUACUACCUGAGUAGUAACGUCAAGGUGCUGGGUCUAGGAGUGUGGUAAGGCCUUGAGCUGCCCCGUUGCUUGUUAUUGUAACCCAGAGUUCACACUAGGGAGUGUAAAGGGAUGCUUUGUGCAACGUUGCUCCCAGUCCUAAGUACCGAGGUGAGCCUUCUAGUAGUUCCUGGGUAAAUGCCAACAUCCCAUGGUUUUAUGCUCCACGACCUGGCCAAACAGGAUGGAUGCAACCAGGACUACUGAGGUGCUUGAUGUGAAGCAGACCUAAGAAUUGAGAGGAGAGAUCCACACUGCAGCUGCUCUUCUAUACUGAAUUCUGCAAAGCCACAGAAAUACCCCGACACCCUGCAUCCCUGGGGCACGUGUCAUUGCCUUCGGGGUGGAUGUUGCCUUGGCUGGGUUAGACUGCACCUCCAAGGAGCUUACCGCCCAAAGGGAAGGUUUGAAAUGGGAAUAGGGUGAGACGCGAUGGCUGUCUCUGGUUUAAGUAUUAUUUUUUUAUCUUGAAUUUUUUUUCAAACGGUGACAAUUAAUGGCUGAUCUUUCAUUUCUGAGAUGUUGUUUGAUGGCUUCAUUGCUCUCUGCGUUAGAGCUGCUAAGCAUUUAAGCUUUGUCAGCACAAUGGAGUAGAUGUGUAGCAAGUCUUGUUUUGCUACGUUUCUCCACCCUUCCUGUGUGUUGGCAGAAUGCUCUCUUGGCAUCUCCUGUGACUAAAAAUUUAGGAACAUUUUUUAUCGAAGUACCUUUGCUAGAUAAUUUACAGAAACAAGACUGAUGCACACUGUAUCUCUUACUGUUGAAUUUCCAUGUAACCUGUCACUACAAAGCCUGGAAGGUGGGUGUUGAGCACUUCAGAGGGCAUGGAUAAAGGAGAAAUCAGGAUCUAUUAUUACUCAUUAAAAAUUAUCAUAAUAUUGUAUGCAUCUACACUUGCUUUCAACUGUUUUAUUGGAAAAAUCUGAACCCUAAAAAGGUGCUUUUAGUGAUAAGUAUGGUAGAGCAGAAACAGAUGCCAUACAGCUUAGAAAUCUCUUAUUCCUGCAGUUCUUUUUCUAUCCCUUCAUAUAAAAAGCUUUACUUACUGAGAAGCUCAGCAAGUUCUAGCUUGGUAACUUGUGAACUGCCUGAGCUGGGAGCACAUGCUGGAAGUUUUGGUUUUUCUUAAUGGUCUUUCCAUCUGUAGUCAGUAGCUGUUGUGUUUGGAGACAGCAUCUUGGACAGCCCAUCUCAUACUGCUUCCUGCACUGCUGGGUCAGUCCAGCAUGUUUGAGCUAAAACCCCCUGAAGGUCGUAAGUCCAUUUGGCUUCUGCAGAUGAUAUUUUGGCAACACAAACCUGUAACUGGGUUACCCUAACAUUUCAUUUUUGGAAGGUAGGUAGUUGACCUUGGCAGGUUUCCUUUGGCUGCUCGCUUAUGCUCUUUUAAGUGUUAUUUAUCUAGCUAUUUCUUUUAUUUUCUUCCUUUCAGUGUAAAUAGAUAAAGCUCAAUUUUCAACCUGUUCUUCUGAGCCAGAAAAAACGAAGAUGAUGGGGAUGCUGAAGUGCAAAAACCAUGCAUCAGUACCCAGAAAAAGAAAUGGGAAAUACAAAGUGCAAGUUAAGGACAACUGCUUCAAGCAUUUUAAGCUCUUAACCAGUUUGAUAUUAAACCCUGUUAUAACCCCUGCUAUCUUUGUCAUAUCUCUUUCAGGGGAUGAUGCUGUGCCAAGUGCUUGUUUACCUGCACGAUCUGUGUCGAUGCAAUGAUCCAUCCAAGGUCUAGAGGGCUACUGUUACCUAGCGGCAAGGCUACAUAAAGGCUGUGCAGUGCCAGCGAAAGGGGUGUCCUCUAUGGCUGGAAAGGGGCAGAGUGACCAGAGGAACUGUGUGUGUGUGUUUGUGUUUGCCCUGACCUGGGGUCGGCUUGCCCUGCUCUCAGUAAGGGCUGCUGAUGUGGGCUGGAGUGUGCUGGGACAGGUCCCACUUCUGCAAGGGGUAGGACUCUGUCUAAAAGAGUGGUGCACUAGAACACAGACAUGUCUCUAGGAAGAGCUGAGAGCUGUUGUAUGUUGGAACCAACACGCAACAGAGCCUUUCCUGGUCAUAUAUUACAGGGUGGGUUUUGUUUAUCAUGAGCAAGAGUUGAGAAACCAUUACUUAUAGUCAGACUGUGAGAGAAGCCCUGUAAAGCUAAGCGUCGGCACAUAGCAGCAGCCUGAUUUCUCCCCUUUAAUUCUAGUGUUCCUGGAACGGCCUUAGUAAAGUUCAUUCCUUCCUCUUCAUUCCUUGGGAAGCUACUAACAUCCAAAACCAGUGAAUCAAACUGAAUAGCUUUCUCUCUUCUGCUUUACUUCCCUGUCCUCCCACACAUACCCUCUAGUGAGCCCAAAACAUCAGGGUCAAGUGUUUGCAUGUCUCCUGUGUUUGUAUUUUCAAUCUGAAAGAAAUUAUAUUUUUGAGAUUGAUUUCUUUGUUGUCUCUCCUCUCAGUUUUCUAUCAUCAGGCCCCAACUGAAAACAAUCUGAGAAUCAAAGGAUGACUUGAUGGGUAAGUACAAGCUUUGAACAAACAAGUUAUUGCAAGAUUAGCUUUGUUCGAAAACCAAGUUUUUACAGGUAGCAGAGCUGUGUGUGGAGAGUUUAGGAGUUACUAGCUACAGGGCUGUGUGAUAGGAAAAAAGUGCUAAUUGGCUUGGUAGUUCGGUCCAGUUUAAAAUUUAGUCAGAAGAGAUGCCAUGUGUAUGGCAUUUUGAUGGGCACCAUAUCUAAGUUUAGAAACUGCAAAUGGACCAGAGGUGGGAGUGUUAGUUAAACAUAGCUCCCCCAAACUCCAAUAUCUUGUUGGUGAACAGCCCUUGGUCUUACAAUCGUGACUCCUUGUGUAGUGCUAACUAGUUAGGCAUGAGACUGUGGAGCUAUCCUUGUGCCUCAGCUUCUGAUGUUGCAGUCUUUACAAAACUGCUAGGUAUCAGCCUGCCUCACCUGAAGGAGCAAUUGUACCUUGGAUCCUACUACAGCAGCAGAGAUAAUCUAUGAUGAGUGUCUUUCUUCCGAUUUGUUUACUGUGAAAUAUUUUUAAAAUCUUGUCCUGGUGCAUAUUUGGCUGCUUCAGCUUUCGUUUACAAGGGUACUAAGUGCUGCUGGACUUGUGUUUUGUGCUGUGGAUACUUGUGGCUGAAGGAAGCUUAAAGCUGCAGUAUCUGGUCCUUUUAUCAAUCCAUGAUCUCUGCUUGGCCGAGGCUGACACCUAAUCAAGGGACUCAUUUAUCAGAGUCUUCAGGCUUGCUAUGGGUAUGAGCACCGUUCCUAGGGGCAGGUGCUCUGUAGGACAGAGGAGCUGCUGGCAACAUAAAGCUCUUGUUGUGUCCAUUCAGAUGAAAGGCAAUGCCCUGAAAGCACAUUAGAAAGGUGAUUGGUACUGCCCUCAUGUUUGGCAUGUUGCCAGAAGAUGAGCUUGGUAAAACAUGAUAAUGGCUUUUUUUUUUUUUUUUUUUUUUUUCCAUACAACAACAGAUUUCCCUCAGUGAAUGCAAGCAGUCAUGCGGUUGUGAUUUUGCCUGUUGGGCUGGAUGAGGUGCUUCCUCCUCUCCCAUUCCCCUGGAGUGGUCUAAACAUGCUACCGAGUGAAAACAUGCCUGACAAACUUCAUUUUCAGCCGAUAGGAUGCGGAAACUGCUUCUAAACAUAGCACAAGAAGAGAGAAUGUGUAUGGGAGGAGAAAAAACCCCACACAACUAUUUGAGGACUGGCAGUCCUUGCAAAGAAAUCAAAUGCAGAGAGACUUCUGCUUUCCAUGAAUGUGGCUUGAAGUGUGCUGUGAACAUGUAGUUGCCAGAAUCCCUACUCAGCCUAUGUGCUUAGAUGGGAUGCUCUUUGCCACCAUCAGCUGUUACAGGGCUUGUCUCUUUCCAAGAGUAAUACCAACUUUUUUCUGCCCAUGGUGCUAGAUACCAUCUUUGCAUGGUAACAUCCAGUACAGGGCUUUACAGCAGCACACAGAACUGCUGUAGCUAACUCUGAGAUUGCUUCUCUUGCAAUUCAACCACUGUAAAAACAAUGGACUCGCUGCCCAUUUGUGAGUGAGCGUGGUAGCCACAGAGCAUCUCUGCUGUAACAUUUUCCAGUUCAGUAUCUUAACGCUUUCCAGGUUUCCCUUUGUGGCUGGAGCUGGGUGUCAAGGAUUCCUUUGCACGUGGUUUCUGCUUUUAAUGGACAGGAAACUAUUGGCAAGUUGAGGUUGAACAGCUCAAUCCAGAAAUGCUUUUUCAGUGGGAAUCUCUUCAGGAAGGGGAAGGAUGCUGUAUGAUGCUUUUAUUUUUCUUGCAGUCCAAGAGAUUAGCUCACUCAUGUGGCACAUAGAGAAACCUGCUUUUCAUUCUCCAGUGAAACAAACUAAACCCCCUAUCUCCCAUCUUUCAGGACAGUGGCUAACUACUAGUCUAUAAGCUACCCAGGUACGGCCUGCUGUUAAACAACUCCAUUUGCAUUUCCACAGAGCACUUUAAUCUUCUUCUGGCUCAAAUAAUGUAAGCCCCAAAAGAUUGUCCUGGAAAUGGGGAGCUGUGGGUUCUCGUUGUCUUGGCCAGUGCAGGGCACUAAAUGUCUGUUUUCGACAUUCUAGAGCAAGGGCUGUAAAUGCAACCUGGUAGGUUGGGUGGAAAGAGAAAAGGAACACCUGCCUCCAUUUUAUGGUGUUGAGAUCCUAGUCCUUCAUCCCAUUCAUAUAAUUUUACUGAAAGUGCUCCAAACAGAAAUGAAAUGAAUCUUUCAGAAAUAGUUAAGCGUUUUCUCAAACUCAAAAUAUUUUUUGAUUGCUUUAUGAGGAUAAAAUCUUAAAAUUUUUGCAUACGUUGAGGAUAAUCUCAGUGCUUCCUUUUACUGCCCUAACUGAAAUUCAGCUGCUGAACUGGACCAUACUCCCCUUUUUUGUUGGUUUGAAAUAAUCAUUCAAGCCUAGGUUUUGCCUUUUUCCAGGAAAUACGUGUCAAUUAAAAGCCUCUCAUGGAUGCAAAGUCUUCACAGGAGUCACUGGAAAUUCACAUGCUGCUUUCUAGGCUGUGUUGGCUGCUGAUUUAUCUGCUUAUUUUUGUCAGGUAGAGCUCCCAAAUGAGAUUUUUUUUAAAGCUUUUAUAUAGCAGAAACAGCAAGCACAAGAAGCUGCAUUGCCAGUAAGGAAGUCUGAACUGACUGACAGGAUUCCACAUCUUGGCAAAGAACAGGCAAACCAGGCUCUCUUCCCCCAGGUAGGUAAGUUUGGGUGGAGAGCUGAUGUUCGGGAAGUUGUAUCUCCACCAUGUCUCAGCUGUGAUGCUCCAGUUAUGCUUCGCUGUGCCCUCAUGCUGUCAUGUACAGCAAAACCUAGAGAUGUUUUGGUAUUGUGUGUGGGGCACCACAGAAUGCAUUAAAUUAAAUGUGAAUAAAAACUGGGAGUCAAACUCACUUGAACUAGUGAAUGGGAUGCAACGGUUGUCUUCCUGUGCAAUAUUCGGAAAUUUUUCUCUGUCAGAGUCGAGACUGCUCUUUUUACCCAUUUGUAAUAGAUGAAUCAAAACAAUCUCACCAGCCAAGGUCUGCAAGGCAAGAGAGCCUGGGAACAGGGAGGCACCAGAGCCAGGAUAAUUUUAACAAAUCUGUUUGGACUGAAGUUUGGGCUGAAGGUGCUUUUUCUCUGAUGAAAAAAGCAAGCUCAAUAUGAGGUAUUCACAUCUACUUCAUGUGUCUGUGUCUGAACUAAAAUCCAGAGGAGCUAAGGGUGGGAGCCUGUUUUGCCUGUAGAACCACCGUUAAGAAGCAGGACUGUCUAGCAGGGAUAGGGAUGUUCAGUCUACCAGAAAAACGUAUCUUAAGUAGGAAGCGUAAACAUGCUGUGUUUCCGUGCUGUAGAAAACUGUUUCCGAUCAACCUAAUUAGUUUGUGUGUGUAUAUGAGCAUGAUAUGCAGAAAUACCACCUGCCCAGUCGAUGAGGAGGACAGAGUACAGCCAACAGUUGUACAAAAACCACAGGGGAGCUUUACAUCAACACCAGUGAAGGUGGUAUGUAAAGUUACGGAGGUUGGUUGUCAGUCUGACCUGAAUGCCCUAACAACUUUCUGAAAAAGUCUGAGAACAAAAGUAGCCUCAAAUAACCAGUUCCCAGCAAUUUCAUGCCUUAAAGAGGAGUGGAGACAGCCUGAUAGUAAAAUUUGUUUAUUUACAGUGUUAUGUAUUACAGGAAAAUCAGUUUAAAAAGUCAAUGCUUCUCUUUCUUCAAAGUUGCAGCAUUUUGAAGAUGUUAAGACAGAUCUGAAGAAUUUUAAACAUACCUGAUUCCAGCCUUCCCGGUUGGAUCUGCAAGGUGAGACUGUCUUGGUUUUUUCCUUUUUUUUUUUCUUCUUUUUUUUUUUUUUUUUUUCCCCAGCCCUUUGAGUUUCAAGUAAGGCAUUUAUUUAUUUCUUUUUAUUUCUUUUUCUUUUGAAUGAGGUUUCAACAAAACAAAAGACAGUAUCCAUGGGUUUGGUUGCUGUAGUAAACUUUAACAUUUA